CGCAGGAACCCAGCUGGAGACAGGAAAUGCGUCAGCCGGGCGUCCCCACGUUUGCGGCUCCGGGUAUGAAUGUCGGGGGGCCCGGAAGUGCCAGGACCCUGUUGAGACGCAGGACACCCCCUGUCUGCACUGAGCGGGGCUGCGAAAAGCAUCAAGAACCCCCCCCCCCGGCGAAUGGGGGCUGGGAUCUCCUUCCCUCAUCACCGCUGGGAGCCAUGACGGCCCCGGACUCCUGGGUCUCCUUCCGGCCGCUCCUCAAGCUGACCCUCGGCCUGCUGGCCAUCAUGACCUUCUCCUUCCUCAUCCACCUACGCACCCGGUUCCCCACUUCGAACGCCACGGAGCGCGGCAUGUGGACCGUGAACUCCGCCGGGCGCCUGGGGAACCAGAUGGGGGAAUACGCCACCCUCUACGCCCUGGCCAAGAUGAACGGGCGCCAGGCCUACAUCCUCCCGGAGAUGCACCAGCAGCUGGCGCCGCUCUUCCGCAUCACCCUGCCCGUGCUCUCCAGAUUCGGGGCUUGGAGUAUCCUAUGGAGGAACUAUGAGCUCCACGACUGGAUGUCGGAGGAGUACAGGCACAUCGAGGGGAAAUACGUCUGGCUCACGGGCUACCCCUGCUCCUGGACCUUCUACCACCACCUCCGGCAGGAGAUCCUCCAGGAAUUCUCCUUCCACGACCACGUCAAGGAGGAGGCCAACCGGUACCUGGCCGGGCUGCGUGGGCAGCGCCGGAACGUGACCUACGUGGGCGUCCACGUCCGGAGGGGAGACUACGUCUGGGUAAUGACCAAGAAAUGGAAGGGGGUGGUGGCGGACAAGGCCUACCUGGAGAAGGCCAUGGGCUACUUCCGGGCCAAGUACCAGGAGCCGGUCUUCGUGGUGACCAGCAACGGGAUGGAGUGGUGCCGGGAGAACAUCGACGCCUCGCGGGGGGACGUGUAUUUCUCGGGGGACGGGAAGGAGUCGUCGCCAGGGAGGGAUUUCGCUCUCUUGGUCCAUUGCAACCACACGAUCAUGACCAUCGGGACCCUCGGCAUCUGGGCUGGUUACCUGGCUGGGGGGGAGACCAUCUACUUGGCCAACUACACCCUCCCCGACUCUCCCUUCCUUGAGAUCUUCAAACCUGCGGCCACCUUCCUACCCGAGUGGAUCGGGAUCGACGCCGAUCUCUCCCCGCUGCAGAGUGGGACGACUGGCUAAAGGAGCUCAGCCGGUGGCCACUGGCUCCCAACGGGAUCAACCUCCCAGAACUUAGCCGGUCGGCCAAGGAGCUGGGGGGUGGGGGGAGCUGAUGGGGGCUGCUGAUGUAUUACUGCUGAUGUGGCAAUGUACAGUGGUCAGUUCUGGCUCCUUCUCAGGCUCAGGUUGGCCACCCCUGGGGGUCUGGCCUGUAGCCCACUUUGCUCCAGUGGGUUAGAACAGGGGGGCUGGGAGCCAGGACUCCUGGGUUCUCUCCCUGCUCUGGGA